AUGCGGUUUGUCACCAUUCCUAUGAGGAGUAGUAUUCAGGUCGCCAGAAGGACCUUUCACAGCUCCGUCCUACGUGCCAAUACCGAGGUGGUGAUUAAGGUGGAGCCCAUUGCCCGGCCCAACGAGCCAGUGGAAAACAAGAGACGCAGGCUGCUGUAUCAGUCGCGCAAGCGUGGAAUCUUGGAGUCAGACUUGCUGCUUUCCACCUUUGCUGACAAGUAUUUAGCCACCAUGACUGCCGAGGAACUUGAAGAGUACGACAAAUUGCUGGACGAACCAGACUGGGAUAUCUACUACUGGGCAACUCGCAACUUUGAUGUUACGCCGUUGCCAGAUAAAUGGCGUGAUAGCAAGAUUCUUGCGCGACUUCAGGAACUGAGCGAAAACAAGGAGAACAACGUGCUGCGGAUGCCUGAUUUGUACUGA